CCUGUGAAUUCUAGCAGGAUGCGCGGAUCCCGUUGAGGGAUUUUUUUUUUUUUAUUUAAUAUCCUCUUCGGCUCCGUUGAGAAAAAUAUAGCUAUCGGAAACAAACAUCUGCCAUGUCCGAGACAUACGAUUUCCUGUUUAAGUUUCUCGUUAUCGGGAACGCAGGAACUGGAAAAUCAUGUCUCCUUCACCAGUUCAUAGAGAAGAAAUUCAAAGACGACUCAAAUCAUACAAUUGGUGUGGAGUUUGGCUCAAAGAUCAUCAAUGUGGUCAACAAAUUUGUCAAACUCCAGAUAUGGGACACAGCAGGACAGGAAAGGUUCAGAUCUGUAACACGAAGCUAUUACAGAGGGGCAGCAGGAGCUCUCCUUGUCUAUGACAUCACCAGUCGGGAGACAUAUAAUGCUCUGACCAACUGGUUGACAGAUGCUAGGAUGUUAGCCAGUCAGAACAUCGUUAUCAUCCUGUGUGGCAAUAAGAAGGAUCUGGAUGCUGAUCGGGAGGUCACCUUUCUGGAGGCAUCUCGUUUUGCUCAGGAGAAUGAGCUCAUGUUUCUUGAGACCAGUGCUUUAACAGGGGAAAACGUGGAAGAGGCCUUUGUCCAGUGUGCACGCAAAAUCCUCAACAAAAUAGAAUCAGGUGAGCUGGAUCCAGAACGGAUGGGUUCAGGGAUUCAGUAUGGCGAUGCAGCGCUACGGCAGCUUCGUUCCCCGAGACGAGCUCAGGCUGAGAGCGUGCAGGAGUGUGGAUGUUAGAGCCCUACAGCGAGAACGUUUUGUAAAAACUAUUUUGGGAAUGGGACAGCAGACCCAAAACAGUGGAGAAACUCUUCCCUCUCCUUCCUUUUACUUCGGUUCAGACAAGUCUGAGAUCUUGGGACGCUGUUGUGCUCUAGAACAAUCUGGGCCAAAGCAAAGACACCAACCGAGGAUGAUGAAUGUAGGCCCUUGCUGAACGUUCUAAGCUAAGCCUAACCCACUUAACCCUCUAUUUCCUGUCCUUCUCCCAUUAAAGUAUUUAGGUCUUGUGUAAAGAAGAACUUAAAUCAUUAUUUUGAAGCAUGUUUAUGGACUGCAUUUCCAUAACUUGAAUGAUUAGGUUUUAUCAGCUCAGGAGUGCUAUUGGUUAGGUCAUAUGGCCAAUGUAUCAUUUGAUCUGGUAAAGAAAUGUACUGAUAUAUCACCAUGUUUUUAUAAAUGCGAUUGCUUUCUUUGGAAAGCAUGCACUGUUUAAUUUCAUUGUUUUGCUUUUAUUUUUGCACAUAUAUACAACAUAUAUCAGAAGUUGUUACUUUUAAAACCUGGAAUGUCAAAUGAUAGUAUAUAUUGAAUCACAAACCUGUCUUCUAUUCAUAUAUAAUAGUGAAAAAUAUAAAAAAAAAUGAAAUGCAUUCAGAAGUCACUGUUACAUAAUGUUACCUUACACAGCAUACUUAAAUGCUGUUGUCCUGUUUGAAAGUGUUCAUUUGACUAACUCCAUGCCAAGUGUUAUUAAACAUAGUCUCACAUUUUAAAAAUGCAAUUGCUAUGUAUCUGCAUUCAGCUUCAUUCAUACAUUUACGGAAAAUGUGUGUUCAGGCCUAUAUUUAAUUUAUUCUUAAUUCAGCUGUGUUACUGAGAACGGGGAGGGUUGUCUAAUUUCAACACUGAAUGCAUACAUUGCUGAAAGUAUUUAUAAUUAGCUGAUAGUGGGAGCACAUACUUCACAGGGCCUACAAGAUAUGAACAAAGCCACUUUUCUGAGGGGAGAGGACAAUUGUGUAACAAUCAUUACUUGAUGCUUUUUUUUUUAAUCUAAUACACCUGUAAAAAGACAAGAUGGAUGCAAAGCUAGGACCAGCCCAAGUUCAGAUAUGACAUAAUUUAUUGUGAUGAAAGAAUUACGAUAUGGUCCAGCCUUACUUGGAAACAUCAGCUGGCUUACACUGAAACUCCUAUCAAACAGAUGCUAAUAUUAUAUUAAAAAUAUUUUUAAUAUGA